CAUUAGAUCACACCUACCCAAGCUCUAUCUCUCUCUCCCCCUCUCGAUGUCUUCUCGCCUGAGAAAGGUUCCGGUCCGCCACCCGGUGGUGGUAGACAUCGGGUGCAACUGCCGGCGGCCAAAGCUUUCCCUUCUCUUCUCCUCAAACUCCCGUUCCAAAGCCAAAGCUACUCUCACAGACUCCUUCUCUCCCACCACCACCACCACCACUUCCUUCACCGCUGCCACCUUCACCGCCACCACCGACACCUCCGCAUGCGAGGACACGGCAUUGCCGGCCAACUUGAGCUCCGCUGCCGUGAGCCCGGAGAAGGGCGGGCGGGGGACAAGGAGGAAGAAAGGCAGGGUGGCAAGGGAGAGCGUGGCAGUGGUGAAGGAGUCGGUGGAGCCGUACGCCGACUUCCGGGAGUCGAUGUUCCAGAUGAUAGUAGACAAGGAGAUAUACGCCUGGGAGGACCUCAACGACCUCCUCCACCGCUUCCUCGCCCUCAACUCCCCCCGCCACCACCACCUCAUCCUCCGCGCCUUCACCGACCUAUGGAGCGGGGUAUUCGCACCUCCAUCCACCUCUCUCCUUUCUAACCGCUGACCGGACUUCACCACCGGGCGUCUAAGCUAGCCGUUGGUGGUGCUCACGGGGUCGUAGACUUUGGAUUCCUUCUUGUAGGUGCGAAUAUGUGAAUGUUUGGGGUUUGGCAUAACGUAGCGGAUGGUGUAUAUUGUAAUGAUGGUAGGAAAAUGGUAGGACCGUUGUUUGGCUUGGCGUGGACGAUGAUGAUGAUGAUGGGCAUUUGAGGGGGCGGGGGUGCUGGCGAUGCGUUUUUUGUUUUUAAUUCA